AUGGGCCCUUGCGUCGGGGUGCUGCUGCUGGCGCAGCUGUUGGUGCGAGCUGAACUGGAGAUGCAGGGCUUGCCGGAUGAGGACCUGCUGUUUCCAGGGCCAUGUGGCCAACGGUCUGUCCCGACGCGUGUGGUGGGUGGAAAGAAUGCGGAGCUCGGGCGCUGGCCGUGGCAGGGCAGCCUGCGCCUAUGGGGUUCCCACAUCUGCGGAGGGAGCCUGCUCAACCGUCGCUGGGUGCUCUCGGCUGCGCACUGCUUUGAAAAGAACAAUAACCCCUAUGAGUGGACAGUCCAGUUUGGUGAGCUGACUGCCAAGCCAUCUAUCUGGAACCUGGACGCCUAUUACAACCGUUACCAGGUGGAGGAGAUCAUUCUGAGCCCCAUGUAUCUUGGGGCUUCAGCCUAUGACAUUGCUCUGCUGAAGCUGACCUCCUCUGUCACCUACAAUAAGUACAUCAAGCCCAUCUGUGUUCUGGACUCUUCUGACGACUUCCAGAACCGGACUGACUGCUGGGUGACCGGCUGGGGGGACAUUGAAGAAAAUCAGGAACUGCCGUCUCCCUACAUCCUCCAGGAAGUGCAGGUCGGCAUGAUAAACACCACCAUCUGUAACUACCUCUACUCACAGCCUUCUUUCCGCCAUGACAUCUGGGGAGACAUGGUUUGUGCUGGCAAUGCACAAGGUGGCAAAGAUGCCUGCUUCGGUGACUCAGGUGGACCCUUGGCCUGCGAAAAGAAAGGGCGGUGGUAUCAGGUUGGAGUCGUGAGCUGGGGAAUAGGCUGUGGAAGGCCCAACCGGCCUGGUGUCUACACCAACGUCAGUAGGCACUUCAAAUGGAUCCGGACGCUGAUGGCUCACAGCGACAUUCACAGGCCAGACUCCUGGCUUCUGCUGCUGCCCCUCCCCCUGCUCUGGACUGCCCCAUUCCUGCCGUCACCCUGA